UAGGCACCAGGGAAGAGCAGGUCCGCCCAGAUACGAGUUGUAUCUUUUGCGCGAAAGAACAUUACCCUUCUUUCGCCACAUCUAUCGUUGGAUCGCGCAAUAGACCUUUCGAGAGAUGUGCAGCAGACGGAAGAUAGAGAUUGUGGCUUUCGGAUCUUUGAAAAUCGAGAUCCAACGGUUGAUGUCGCGAAAAAAAAUCAUAUCAUUCUUUUGCGCGAAAGAUACAAUCCGAACCCAACCGACCCCCACUUCACCCCACGCCACCGUCCCUAAAAUAAAUAAAUAAACAAGGGAGGUAGAGCCGGCCCGGGAGCAGGUCUUCGAGGUGAUUUCCUCCGCGUGUCGACGGGUUUCUGGGUGGCCGAUACCUAUCGAUCUCUUCUCAAGAAAGAUUUCUAGGGUUUCACUCUUUCUCAGUCCGGCAGCUCGGAUCGGGCGUCUCUCCGUGGGCACGAGAGGAAUUCUUUUGUGAAUUACAGGGCUCCGGUCGUUGAAAUCGUUUCAGGACGCCAUGGCGACGAAGAGCGGGGCGCUUCUUUUGACGGAUGAUGCCAUCUUUCCCGUCCCCGCGGGGCUGUCUGCGAUAAAGAAUCUUGGGAGUGAAAUGGUUUUAGAAGAUGAUGACGUGGUUGUAAUUACUCAAUGCGGUAGCCUGGGUGGAAAGUUGCCAAUUGAGUCGGGGUCUUUGGAUGUUGUUGUUUCGGUCUGGAAAGCACCCGAACUUGAUUUAGAGCAGUGGCUCGAAGAGAUUGGUAGAGUGUUGAAACCUGGUGGGAGGAUCCUAGUACAGACACCUCUUCUUUCUACUGAACGGGAUAAGCUGAACUCUACACUUGAGUGCAAACUACUCAUAUCAGGGUUCUUGGAAGUGCAAGCUUUAGAGUUGAAGUCUUUCUUAUCUAUUGAAGAUGUUCAAUACCUUACAAUUAAGGGCAAGAAGGCAUCUUGGACAAUGGGAUCAUCUUUCCCCAUUAAAAAAGCAGUAAAGACGGUUCCCAAGAUUCAAACCGACGAUGAAUCAGAUCUCAUUGAUGAAGAUAGCCUCUUGACUGAGGAGGACUUGAAGAAACCACAGCUACCCCCUGUAGGAGAUUGUGAAGUUGGAAGCGCAAGGAAAGCUUGCAAGAACUGCACUUGUGGUCGGGCUGAGGCAGAGGAGAAAGUGCAAAAGCUGGGGCUGACUGCCGAGCAGAUCAACAAUCCCCAAUCUGCAUGUGGCAAUUGUGGGCUUGGAGAUGCAUUCCGGUGCAGUAGCUGCCCUUACCGAGGUCUUCCUCCAUUCAAGUUGGGUGAAAAGGUUUCCUUGUCUGGCAACUUCCUUGCGGCGGAUAUAUGAUGGUUGAGAAGAGUCAGCAUCAGAGUAGAAUGGUGUACUUUCUUGCAAUUUAUUUUUGUUCUCACUGUUAGAUCCUUGGUUGUUGGUCUUGUCCUGAAAGAAUCAGACUGAUACAGAAGAAUGAUUUGGACGACAUUGUUCUCUAUGAACUAAGAUAAUUCAAAUUUUGUUGAUCAGCAUCAUGUUGGUCACUGUGAGAGUAA